AUGGGUGCUCAGUUCAUUUUCGAUCGCCUGGUCCUCGCGCACAAACCCCCAAAGUUUUCCUUGGUAUAUCAAUCUCAACGGCCGCAAACUGGCUCAGAGACUAAAUGUUUACAUACAACAGAUAUUCAGCUUAACAGGAGUUCCUGGUUAGCUACAGUGACUUACAAGUAUUAUGAGUGCGAAGAGAAGGAAGUAACAAGGAUAACCGGGCAUGUUGUCGCCUCCACACUUCAUGACGGAAAGGAUUCCAUCUCGGAUGACACUAUUAGAUUUUAUUCCGCAAAGGACCCAAGCACUGAACUAUCCUCAACGCGCUCCCAAGUUAUAUACAACGAUCGUUACUGUAUCCUUAUGUACUCAAAGAUGUUGGGUUUUCAAGUCUGGGUUCCAACAAGUUAUCUGGAAGAUCACAAUGAAGUUCCAUACAUCUGCACACUGUUAUACGAAAUUUGCUGGGGAAAAACAAAAUACUUUGUGUACGAUUUUCAAAAAUGCCCAAAGUAUCUAAUCGAAAGUGAGCAAUGA